AUGGAUGUUGAUGUGAUCACCAUUGAGAACUCCAGAUCAGACGAGAAUUUACUUUUGGUCAUCUGUGAGGGAGUGAAAUAUCGUGCUGGCAUUUAUGAUAUUCAUUCACCCAGGAUUCCCCCCACAGAAGAAAUUGUUGAUAGGAUCAACAAGAUGCUUGUAGUUCUUGAAAGCAACAUUCUCUGGGUCAACCCAGAUUGUGGCCUUAUGACACGCAAAUACACCAAGGUCAAACCUGCCCUCACCAAUAUGGUUGUUGUUAUCAAACUUAUUUGCAACCAGUUAGCUAGUACCAAAUUUGAUUGA